ACACUGCGCCUGCGCCGACCACCAUUUUGGAACGAAAGUUAGCACGACGACAUUAGCGCCACAAUGAUUUUAACUGUUGCUUAAGUCAAAUAUUUUAAUAAUUCCAGGAUAGUUUAAGUGUAAAGUGUUGCGUUUUUGUGGGACAUUAUGUAUACGUUAAAAACGCUGAGAGCGUUUGUGAGUCAGCGACUAAAUGUCGCCGUGGAAGAAAUAUUUGUAGUGUUAGAAAGAACGAUAGCGGAAUACGAGGCGGAACUUUCUAGAACAAAAAAGGAGAAGGAGCGACAGCAUCAGCCACUGGACGCUUUUACCGAGAAAAACCAAGUUGUGUUACACGGAGAAGGUGUCAGUAUGGAAUGUCCUCUUCAGCUGCAACAGUGGCCCUCUAGGUUGGAGCAGCAGGAGGAGUCACAGCCCACCCACCUGAAAGAGGAAGAUGAGGAGCAAAGAAUCAGUCAGGAGGAGGCUGACGUCACCAAGUGUCCAGUGAUUGAUGUGAUCCUGAAGAGUGAAGGUGAUGAGGUCAAAGGUGAAAGUGAGGAGAGGGGAGGGGGGGAGCCUCCAAGCAGCAGCUCAACACAACACAUGACAACAGAAGCUGAUGGAGACCACUGUGGAGGAUCACAAGCAGACAAGCUCUUAGCUCCACUAUCAGACAGUGAGGACACAACCUCACACUCUCCUGACACUGAUGAUGAAGACUCUAAAGAAGAUAAGACAUGUCACACUGACAACACUCGCUUUAAAUGUUCUCACUGUGACAAAACUUUUGGCCACAAAAAGAAUCUGUGUAGACACAUGAUCCAUCACACAAAAGAGAAACCAUUCAUGUGCGCGUUCUGCGGCAGAAGAUUCUCUCAGAAGGCACAUUUGACCGGUCACGUGAGAAUACACACCGGAGAGAAACCCUUUCCCUGCUCAGUCUGCGACAUACGUUUCCGACGGAAUCAAGAUUUAAAGGAGCACACGAGAAUACACACGGGAGAGAAACCUUUUCCUUGCCCGGUGUGCGGCAAGCGAUUCACGAAAAGACACGGCUUAAAGAGACACAUAAGAACACACACCGGAGAGAAACCUUUCCCUUGCUCCGUUUGUGGUAAAAGGUUUUCUAAAAAGGACGGUUUGAAGAGACACACGAGAAUCCACAUUUAAGAGAAACUUGAAAACACUUUUUAAUAAUAAAGUUAAGUAAUAUACCUAAUAAGCAAAUAUGCGAUACUUGCCGAGUAGUCAGUUGAAAUAUCCUCCUGAUCUUUGUGUUAAAUAAUUGGGAUGAAACUAUAUCAAAAUCACACUGUACAAUAUCAAGGUAUUAAGUAUGAUAUCAUUGUGGGGUAUGUCCAAAAAAAUGACAUCAAGAGAGACAAGCGACAGAAAAUGGAUAGAUUGAGGAUGUAUCAAGUAGCUUUUCAGUUCACCUGUAUUCCCCAUGUUUUUUUGUUUUUUUUUGGUGAUUUCCAUCUGAGCUGUGUGACGUGGAAACGCUCGAGACAGAAGUGGCACGCUCUGCAGAACGCAGACUUUCUUACCUCCGCCCAAACAGGUCAUGUUUUCGCCGGGGUUCGUACGUCUGUUUGUUAGCAACAUAACUCAAAACCGAUAUGGACUGAUUUUGAUGACAUUUUCAGGACUUGAUCCUAAAAAAAAUAUUCCACUCCACCUCUUUGGAUUCUGGGAGACGUAGUUUAUUUUCCGCAGACCGGGGGGGGAAAAAUUACACUCGCCAAGUUUUCGUUUGAUACGUCACACGUAACGGCUUUAUCGACUUUGAAACCACGGCAUCUACUGUAUCGUUACAUCCUUACUAAAUAAGGAGGCUUUGUUAAAUAGUUGUUUCUGUUAUUAACAUGGUUGGGUAUCAUUUGGAUUCGAACGAUUUCGAUUCUUUGUUUCGAUUCCGAUUCUUGACGAUUCUCGAUUCCGAUUCUUUCUUUAAAGGGGAACAUUAUCACCAGACCUAUGUAAGCGUCAAUAUAUACCUUGAUGGUGCAGAAAAAAGAAAAUAUAUUUUUUUAAUCGAUUUCCGAACUCUAAAUGGGUGAAUUUUGGCGAAUUAAACGCCUUUUUGUUGAUUGCUGUGGAGGCGAUGACGUCAGAAUGUGACGUCGCCGAGGUAAUACAGCCGCCAUUUUCAUUUUCAACACAUUGCAAAUACCGGGUCUCAGCUCUGUUAUUUCCUUUUUUUUCAACUAUUUUUUGGAACCUUGGAGACAUCAUGCCUCGUCGGUGUGUUGUCGGAGGAUGUAACAACACUAACAGGGAGGGAUUCAAGUUGCACCACUGGCCCGAAGAUGCGAAAGUGUCUGCCGCCAGACCCCCAUUGAAUGUGCCAGAGUGUCUCCACAUUUUACCCGCGAUGACAGACAUGGCACAGAGAUGUAUGGAUAACCUGCAGGUACAUUUGCAACGAUAAAUUCAUCGAAAUCACAAAGGUGAGUUUUGUUGAUGUCGUUGACUUAUGUGCUAAUCAGACAUAUUUGGUCGCGGCGUGACUGCCAGCUAAUCGAUGCUAACAUGCUAUUUACCGGCGAUGACAGAGAUGGCACAGAGAUGUAUGGAUAACCUGCAGAUGCAUUUGCAACAAUAAAGUCAACAAAAUCAUAAAGGUGAGUUUUGUUGAUGUUGACUGCCAGCUAAUUGAUGCUAACAUGCUUCGCUAAUCGAUGCUAACAUGCUAUUUACCGGCGGUGCUAAAGCAGACAUGGCACAGAGAUGUAUGGAUAACCUGCAGAUGCAUUUGCAACUAUAUUACGUUUCCUUCCACCCACAUUUAAUGCGAAACAAACACUUACCAAUCGACGGAUUUAGGUUGCUCCAGUGUCACAAGAUGCGAAAGUCCUGAUCGUUUGGUCCGCACAUUUUACCUUAGAUGCUAACGCAGCUAUUCGGCCAUGCUAUGGCUAUGAAUAGCGUCAAUAGCUAUUCGCUCAAUAGCUUCAGUUUCUUCUUCAAUACUUUCAUACUCCAACCAUCCGUUUCAAUACAUGCGUAAUCUGUUGAAUCGCUUAAGUCGCUGAAAUCCGAGUCUGAAUCCGAGCUAAUGUCACUAUAUCUUGCUGUGGUAUUCGCCAUUGUUUGUUUACAUUGGCAGCACUGUAUGACGUCACAGGGAAAUGGAUAGUCUCAUCGCAAAUAGCGAAAAUCAAGCACUUUAAAGCUUUUUUUAGGGAUAUUCGGGGACCGGUAAAAUUUUGAAAAAAAUUUCAAAAGAUACAACAAGCCACUGGGAACUGAUUUUCAUUGUUUUUAACCCUUUUGAAAAUGUGAUGAUGUUUCCCUUUAAACAUGACUGUGAUUAAAGAAAGAACUCUUAAAAACAAAUGCAUGUUCCACAGAGGGGACGACGGAAUUUUGACCGUGGUUGCAGUACCAUUUCUGGCCACACUAUUACAAAUGGGUCCUGGGGAGAAACACAGGAUUAUUUCAUGCAUGAGAACAUUUUAUUGUUAGAACAUUUUUUUUUAUCAACCAACAGGUAAAAAAAAAAUGGAGGAAUGAUAUGGAAUAAAAUCUCAUUUUCAUUUAGGUGCAAACCCACCGGUAGAAAAAUAAACAAAAUGUAAUUGUAUUUUAAUACAUUGAACAUGUUCACCAUUGCAAUUCAAACAAUAAAGUUUUUGUUGGCAGAA